UUACACUUACACGAAGUUCACAAAACCUUGAUAAUCGGUUUUCUAUCUGCAUUUCAUCUUAAACUCCACUUUUAGCCGCUUCGUAGGAUUUUUUUAUCGAGAACUUUUUUUAAAUUUAGCAAAUUUUAUAAAUAUUGAGCUAAAUUAUGGUCAAAUUUAGUACAUUUUCGCUAAUAAUUAUUUUAUUAUGUGGCUUGGUGAAGAGUGCUGGUCCAAACCGCCCUAGAGGAGUUUCCAUAUCGCGUGCUCCAUUGUACCCCGAAGGUGAUACAUUUUCAUGCUUAGAUGGUAAAAAAACUAUUAAAUUUAGUCAAGUAAAUGAUGAUUUCUGUGAUUGUGAAGAUUCCAGUGAUGAGCCUGGAACUUCGGCUUGUUCCAAUGGUUUGUUUUAUUGUACAAAUGCAGGCCAUAGAUCAAAAUACAUUCCUAGUUCGCGUGUAAAUGAUGGAAUUUGUGAUUGUUGUGACGGCAGCGACGAAUAUGAUUCGGAAGUAAAUUGUGAAUCAAAUUGCUUAGAAUUAGGAAGAGCUGAGAGACAGAGAGAAAGAUCCCGACAGGAAUUACUAAAGAGGGGUGCACAAAUAAAGGCUGAUUUAAUUUUAAAAGGUAAAACACUAAAAACAGAAAAAAGCAAUCUGCUGUUAGAACUCCAACAGCGCAAAAAUGAAGCAGAAGCUAUUCGCAAUGAAAAAGAAAGCAUGAAAAAAGAAGCUGAAAGUUUAGAAAACGAAGCUCUAGAAAUUUAUAAAGAAUUACAAGAAGUUGAAAAAAGAGAAAAGCAAGAAAAAGAAGCUCUUGAAAAUAAAAGGGAAGCUGAAGAAACUUUUGAAAAAUUCGAUUCUAAUAAAGAUUCCUUUAUUGAAGUUAUUGAAAUUCAAACAAGAAUAGCAUUUGAUCAAAAUCGAGAUGGCGUUGUUGCGGUUGAAGAAGCAAAAUAUUUUCUGGAUGAGCAUGAUAAGGUGGACCGAGAAAAAUUUAUUACUACUUGUUGGUCAAGAAUCAAGCCCUAUUUAAUGUUGGAUUCUGGCUUUUUUAAACCACCAAAAGAAAAUGAUAAUGCCGAAGUAUCUGAGCAAAAUGAAAUUAAAACUCAAUCAAAAGAAGGUGCCAAUAUUGUUAAUACUCAGACAGACGAUGAAGAUGUAAAUGAAUUUAACGAUGAAAAGGAGGAAGCGGAAUUAUUAAAUGAGGAAGAUGAAUAUAAUGAAGAUGAACCGGAAGAAAUUGAAGAAGAAAAUGAAGGAGAAGUAGAAGAAACGAAACCAGAACCUGAAUAUGAUCCUGAAACACAAAAAUUAAUCGAUAAUGCUAACGCUGCGCGAACUGAAUUUCAUGAUGCUGAGCAUAAUGUUAGAAAAAUUGAUAACGAAAUUAAGGAUAUUCAAGAAAGUUUGAACAAGGAUUACGGUGUAAAUUAUGAAUUUGCUACCUUAAAUGGAGAAUGCUUCGAUUUUGAAGAUCGAGAAUAUGUUUACAAAUUGUGUCCUUUUGAUAAAACGUCGCAGCAACCUAAAAGUGGCGGCAGCGAAACAAGAUUGGGAACAUGGACAAAUUGGGACGGCAAAGAAAAUAAAUACAGUCAUAUGCUUUAUAGCAAUGGCGCUUCUUGUUGGAAUGGCCCUCAAAGAUCCGCAAUAGUUGAGUUAGAAUGUGGCUUAGAAAACCGUAUUACAUCCGUUACUGAACCAAAUCGAUGCGAAUAUAAGUUUAAUUUUGAAACACCUGCUGCAUGUAGUUUCCAAGAAGAAUUAAGUGAAGAAAAUAUGGAAGAAUUACACGAUGAGCUUUAAGAUUGUUACAUUUUUCUUUGGAAGAUAAUUUAAAAAAAAUGAAGUUUGUAUUUAAAAUAUGUAUGUCAAGUAAUUGUGCAUCAUUCUAAUUAGAGAUAAUUAGAAAUUAGUUUUUUUUCAUAUAGUUUAAAGAACGAUUUUAUAAAAGCUGAAAAUCAU